UUUUUUUUUUCCUCUCCUCUCAUUCUAAUUGUGCAUCACCCUCCUCUUUGAACUCACUCUGAUUGCGGUUGCUCAUUCUCUUUCUUUCUUGUAGACUAUACUUCAUCGAAUAGAAAAUUUUCCUCCUUGAUACCAAUCAUAGAUCAAUACCUUACUACAAUCAUAACUUUACUUGUGAAUAAUAUUUCCAUACACAGACUAUUGUCUCUUUGCUUUUCCAGUUCAACUCUACUCAAAAAAAAAAGUCUCUUAUUUGUAUAUUUCAUUCUCCAUUUUCGUCAUGAUGGCUACUCAUCGUAAUACCCCUGCUGCAGUAGAGCAGGCACCUUUAGGAUCUCCUAUCCCCAAUGUCCCCCAUGCCAUCUCUGUGUCCCUCCCUACGUUCAAGGAUAACGUUGAUUACGAAGAGGCUGCUCCUCGUGUUGUCAAUGCUAUGGUUUCGGGCUACCCUCGCUUCUUUGUUAGUUUAAAAGUCAAAGAGCUUAUCGCAAUCUGCGAGAAAAAGUAUGGAAAGCCCAGUGAGGCUUCGUUCUUGUGGCCUUCACGCAAGGUCUCGGAAAGAUGUCGCCACUUUGUGGAGCGCUACUUUGUGCCGACGAUCGCAACGGAUGACUCGACUCCGACACCUCGCGAUCCUCCGGGCGCAGGAACAGUCAGGAUCGUUGAAUUUACUAUCCAAGCCCCAGCUUCGGAGCUGAAGCCGGACGGGAUUAAGCAAGUCAAGGUGUUUGCGACCUUCUUCCCUAAAGAGGCGUAUUCGGUUGCUAAACAGUUUUGGCAGCAUGCGGGAGAUAUCGUUUCAUCUCGUCAGGCAGCGUUCUGUUUGAGAUGGUUGCAAUUAAAUGCGGAGGAACAAAAGAGACAGCAGGAUGAGGCAUUGAAUCUGAAGAGCAAUGCGACUCGUAUGCCUCGUGGUAACAGACAUUACAGUGCUACUAGACCGACUUUGACCUCCUCUUCUUCUUCGUCUGCUUCUUUGGAUUUAAAUGGAGGUAUGGCAGCAAUCCAACUGCAGGAUCGCAAGGUAGAUGAAGAAGACAAGCCUGUUGAAGGGGAAGCGGAGGGCAUCGACAGCCGUGACUAUGAAGUCUAUGUAGAAGAGCGUUAUGGACGCAAUUUAGAUCUAUCGUUUGCGCCCAAGGCCAAGAUUGCGCUCCGUCGUCGUAUUGCAGCCCAGGUGGCACAUCAUGCUGGACCUAAUUGGACAGGCACGGGCGAAUAUGUUACGGAGGAGGAUGUUUAUCUGUAUCCAACCGGCAUGUCAGCGAUCUACAACGCUCAUCGGAUUGCCAUGACUCUGUUCCCAGAACGAAAGUCAGUUUGUUUUGGUUUCCCUUAUACGGAUUCACUCAAGGUUCUGCAAAAGUUUGGACCUGGAUGUUACUUUUAUGGCAAUGGGGAGGACCAGGAUAUCGAGACAUUGGAGAAAGAAAUCCUUUCAAAGACUGUUGGGGAGGAUGUGAGGGAGGAAGACAAGAUUUUGGCGGUCUUUUGCGAGUUCCCUUCGAACCCGCUGUUGAAGUCAUCCAACUUGGUCCGUAUAGGAGAGUUGGCGGAGAAGUAUGGGUUCAUGGUGAUUGUGGACGAGACAUUGGGUAACUUUGUCAAUGUCCGAACGCUAGAAUUUGCAGACAUUGUUGUCUCGUCGCUUUCCAAGAUCUUUAGCGGCGAUAGUAAUGUGAUGGGUGGAAGCUUGGUAUUGAACCCACAGAGAAAGUAUUACAAGGAUCUCAAGGAAGCUAUUGGCCGUGAAUAUGAGGAUCUGAUGUGGGUCGAAGAUGCUAUUUUCAUGGAGCGUAACUCACGCACGUUCCAGACGCGCAUUGCUCGAAUUGAUGAAAACACAGAAAUUCUUUGCGAUUUUUUACGUGCUCAUCCUAAAGUCAAAGAGGUGUUUUAUCCCAAGUUUGUUACUGUGAAAAAUUACUUGACACAUAAGGUUGAGGGUGCAGGCUACGGAGGUUUAUUCUCUGUGAUGUUCAAGAAUCAAAAGACAGGAUCGCAGCAAUUUUUUGAUGCAUUACCAUUCUACAAGGGACCUUCGUUGGGCACCAACUUUACGCUUGCAUGCCCAUAUACAAUUUUAGCACAUUACUAUGAGCUUGAAUGGGCUGCACAGUAUGGCAUUGAGCGUGAUCUGAUCCGUGUGGCUGUGGGACUGGAGGACCGGGAAGUGCUUCUCCAGGGAUUCCAGAAGGCAUUGGAUGCCAUCAGUGAUGAGGAGUAAAAGAAAAAGAAAAGUAAAAGAAGC